AUGGAGCAGGAGGUGACCUCCGUGGGCCAUGACGUCCAGGUCAUUGACCCGGAUGUGCGCAUGCAUGUUUACAGCUUGGUGACCGCGCUGGGAGGUUUCAAUGGCGAAGAUGCAGACCGUUACAUGCUUGGAGACGACGCUCUCUCCUGUCUCCGUGAUAUCAGAAGAUGGCUGAAGCUUUACGACCAAAGGAAUAAUCGUAUGGAUGUGGUGCGAUGUCUUGGAGAAGCCAACUUGGUCAUUGGCGAUCUACUGCCCAUUCUCUCGAUCUGGUGGGCCAAUGGACAGAACAGCAAGCAUCUGACCCGAGUUGCUUUAGCAUGCCUGGAAUUGUUGGUGCCUUUGACUUGGCCUGCCGAGUAUCAUAGCCAGAUGACCGCCAACCACCAUCGCCACACCCCGUACAUUCAGCAAAUUCAAGUCCAGUACAAGCGCAGUAUUCUCAAGUAUGGCGGAUCCAACCUCUUGCGCGCCGUCAUCCGCGUUGCCCUCCCGAGCAUGGCUAUCCCCCGAUCCGAGCGCGAGUCCCGAGACGAGGGUAUCCUAAAGUUGAUGCUCUACUUCCUACGGAACAUUGCGAUUAUUACCACAAAUGAUCGACUUGCGGCCGAAGGUGACGAGGAGGAGACAUCACGAUCAUCUACGAUCAAUGCAUUCCAAGAUCAAGAUGCGUUCGCGCUCAUUCUGACCAUGUGUUCGAAUGUCGCGGAUGACUUCAACCAGCAGGACGUGGUUUUGCUGGAGAUUCUCUUCCAUCUUGUCAAGGGUGUCAAUGUCGACAAGCUGUUCCUGAACGACGAGGAGCGAAAGGCGAAGCGAUCCGAUGAGCUUGGCGACCUUCUCCGUAAGGAAAGCCAGGUCAAGCGAGAAUACGCCAGGAAUGCGCCUACUCGCCAUGGUAGAUUCGGCACCAUGAUUUGGGUGAAACGAGACGAGAACAAGGUGUCUACAGUCUCUGGACAAGGUAUUCUGCGAGACGACCAAGCCAGUCUGCAAAAAAUGGACGAGAGCAAGAAGUGGAAAAAGCCCCAACCUCGCCGAAAGAAGGAGGAUGUUGUCCAGUAUAACGACUUUAACGUUCCUGCCCAUCUCUCCUUACUAGCGACGAAAAAUUUCAGGACGUUCGUGGAAGAGUUCCUGGACUCUGGAUUCAAUCCUCUCUUCACCCAUGUGCGAAAGGCGAUCGAGCGAGAGACGGAACGGGUUACCAGUAUCAAUGCUCGGCAGUUCUUUUACACAGUUGGCUGGUUCCUCGAAGCAGAGCGUGCUCGACGUGCCCGACGGGUUAUCCAGCAUGCGCAAAACGGGAAACCCGCAAAGGACGUGGAGCCGGACAGCUACGGUUUGGUUGCUGGCGUGUUGAACCAGGAAACAUUCAUCUCCUUGAACAGGGGUAUGCAAAGUAGCCUGGAUAAUAAGGAAUGGGACGACUUGACCGCGCAGAUGCGAUGCUUUACGCAAAUCCUGUUGACCGUGCAGGAGAUGGCCUUCUCUCCGAUUGAGGAAGAUCAAGAAAUCGCCGAUAAUAUUCAGAACCGAAUCUUCUACGAAGAGACUACCCAUGACCGAAUCAUUUCUAUCGUGCGAGGGUACAAGGAUCAAGGAUUCGGCUAUCUGGAUGCUGCAACUGAGCUUGCUCAUGUCUUCUUACGCAUGCUGGAGCGUUACUCCAAGAUCAACGUUGACCUGCAAAUUCGAUCGAAGCGACAAGCUAGGAAACGCAAGAAGGACGCCGCUCCGGCUGAACCGCAGGAAGGUGUAGAGGACGAGGAAGAUGUCAAUUCUGAAGACGAGGAUUUGGUUGAUUCUGCACAGGUGACCAAAGAGCGUGCUUUUGACUUUAAGCGAUUUGCUGCCAAGUUCUGCAAUCAAAGCUGUGUGAACACGUUCGUCGCCUUCACUGAAUUCUAUCGCGAGUUGAAUUCGGAGCAAUUGAAGCGAGCCCACCGCUACUUCUACCGUGUUGCAUUCAAACAGGAGAUGACUACCCUCCUCUUCCGGUUGGACAUCAUCCACCUCUUCCACCGAAUGAUCAAGGGCCCUGGGGGUCUGGACUCUACCAAACCCAUUUUCAAAGAAUGGGAAGAGUUUGUGCGGCAGAUUCUUCGUCGAUUGGUGAAGAGAAUUGAUCAGCGGCCAGCUUUGAUUACGGAGUUGCUAUUCAGCAAGAUGAACUCUACAGUUUACUAUCUUGAGUUCGGACAUGAACGGCAAACUAUGUCUACUGCCAAGCGACCACCGGUAGAGCUUCAAUUCAUCUCGAAGGAGACUCUCACCAAAGAAGCCAAACAGGGAGUGGUGGUGGGCGCCUUGGUUCUUGAUGGGCGGGCGGAUCUUGUGAAGUGGAUUGUAGAUGUGUUGAAAUCGGCCGCCUCUGAACGUGAAGCCUGGGAAGCAGGAGACGAAGCUCGCCGUGCAGAGAACCCUGAGGCUACUAGCACACCCAACCCCUUGAUUCAUGUUCAACCAGGUGACGAGUUCAUUGAAAAUUCCAUGUUCUCCAAUGCCAAGCUCCGUCUUCUCAUGGAGUCUAUCGGACUGGAACGACUUGGCCAGGAGGAUGUGCGUGGUGCUCAAUGGGUCGUUCCAGCGUCCAUGUCGUCGACUGACCUGAACGAAAUCAUUUCCACCAUCAACAAGUCCGUCUUGAAUCCCAUGCCCGAAGGCAGCGACGAAGAUCCUCGCCAACUGCUCCGUCGUAAGGAGACACGCAGUGCGCGGGAAAGCCUAGCGCAGGGCACGCUCGACGUGAACUUUGGAUCAGACUCUGAAGGCGAAGAUAUUCCAGAGGGACCUUUGUUCCCGCCAAACCCGAGAUCAAAGUCUAAUGCGCUGGACGAGCUCAAGAAGAAGCGCAAGAAGAAGUCGCGGAUUAGUGACGACGCCGAACAAGAACCUCUAGAUGACGCCAUUCUAGAGGAACGUCGCCAGGCCCGUCUUGCAAAUGCGUUAGCCCGCCAAAGGAAGAUUAAAAGUGAUCUAUUCAUUCAUGCUAGCGAUGACGAAACCGACGAAGAAGCAGACCGGGAAUUCUUCCGCCUCGAAGAAGAACGGCGCAAGGAACAAGCGCGGAAUGUUGAGAACGCCAUUCUCAUGGGUGACACCGAGCCAUUGCUGUCGGAGAGCAAGGGCAAGGGUAAAAAAGCGAGUGUGCGAAAGCGCAAGAGUGACACAACAGCCGCCGAUUCCAAGCGUCGCCGUCGCGGAUCAGGCUCUACGGGUAGUGCCGGUGACGAUGAAGAUGAUAUCCUCAUGGCAGAUCCGGAUGAAUUAUCUCCUGUCUCUCAGCAGGAAGUCUCUACCAGCCACGGAGCCCAAGAUGAAGACACGCCACUUACAUCCACUGAAGAUGAAAUGGACUUUGAUGACGAUCUAGUCUUUAGUCGGGAUCGGACUCGUCCAUCGAAACCUGCCACUGCCGAGGCAGCCGUUGACAGUGACGAUGAAGAAGAGAUGCUCGUAGCACCUUCUAGUCGCCGCAUGCGAGGCGGGUUUGUGAUUGAGAGUGAUUCCGAGUAA